UGCCGCUGCGGCUCAAUGGGAGCAGCCAGAGGGCGGGUUUAUAAGCGGGGAGGCGGGGACUGGGGCUUCUCUCUGUCUCUCCCUCGGUGCCGCCGCCGCCGCCGCCUCGUCCUCCGCUCUCUGCGCCCAGGAUCCACGACGACGACGACGACCAUGAAGCCCCUCCGGCUCUCCGCGCCGCUCUUCUUCCUCCUCCUCACUCUAGGCCUCUCCGCCUUCGCCGCCGAGGAAGAAGCAGCAGCAGCAGCAGCCUUCGAGGAAGAGGAGGGCGUUCUGGUCCUCAAGACGGCCAACUUCGAGCGGGCGCUGGAGCAGCACCCCAACAUCCUGGUGGAGUUCUAUGCACCAUGGUGUGGUCACUGUAAAGCUCUGGCACCUGAGUAUGCAAAGGCGGCAGCUAAGCUGAAAUCUGAGAACUCUGAAAUCAGACUGGCUAAGGUGGAUGCCACAGAAGAGUCAGAACUUGCCCAGCAGUUUGGUGUGCGAGGAUAUCCUACUAUUAAAUUUUUUAAGAAUGGAGAUAAAUCUUCCCCCAAAGAGUACUCAGCUGGCAGGGAAGCAGAUGACAUUGUGAACUGGUUGAAGAAGCGCACAGGACCAGCAGCCACUACCUUGAAGGAUGUUGCAGCAGCUGAAGAACUAGUAGAGUCCAACGAAGUUGCUGUGAUUGGGUUCUUUAAGGAUGCAGAAUCUGCUGCUGCCAAACAGUUCUUGCUGGCUGCAGAGUCCAUUGAUGACAUUCCUUUUGGGAUCUCUUCCAGCAGUGAUGUCUUUGCCAAAUACCAGCUGAGUAAAGAUGGAGUUGCCCUUUUUAAGAAGUUUGAUGAAGGCCGUAACAACUUCGAUGGGGAGAUAACAAAAGAGAGUCUGUUGAACUUCAUCAAAUCAAACCAGUUGCCCUUGGUGAUUGAAUUUACUGAACAGACUGCACCUAAAAUCUUUGGAGGAGAGAUCAAGACCCACAUCCUUUUGUUCCUGCCCAAGAGUGUAACAGACUACCAAGCAAAACUGGAUAACUUCAAAAAAGCAGCAGAGAGCUUUAAGGGGAAGAUCUUGUACAUCUACAUAGACAGUGACCACACUGAUAACCAGAGGAUCUUAGAGUUCUUUGGUCUCAAGAAAGAGGAAUGUCCUGCUAUUCGCCUCAUUACUCUAGAGGAAGAAAUGACCAAGUACAAACCAGAGUCAGAUGAGCUGACCCCAGAAAACAUCAAGGAUUUCUGCAAUAAGUUCCUGGAGGGCAAAGUUAAGCCCCAUCUAAUGAGCCAAGAAAUUUCUGAUGACUGGGAUAAACAGCCUGUUAAAGUCCUGGUUGGAAAAAACUUUGAAGAUGUGGCUUUUGAUGAGACAAAGAAUGUCUUUGUGGAAUUCUAUGCUCCCUGGUGUGGCCAUUGUAAACAGCUGGCUCCCAUUUGGGAUAAACUAGGAGAGACUUACAAGGACCAUGAAAACAUUAUCAUUGCCAAGAUGGAUUCCACAGCCAAUGAAGUUGAGGCAGUGAAAGUCCACAGCUUCCCUACCCUCAAGUUUUUCCCUGCUGGUCCUGGCAGAACGGUUGUAGACUACAAUGGUGAGAGGACACUGGAGGGCUUUAAGAAGUUCCUGGAAAGUGGUGGAAAAGAUGGUGGUGUGGAUGAAGACGAUCUGGAAGAUCUAGAGGAUAUUGAAGAGCCAGAGACUGAUGGAGAGGAUGAAGAGGAUGCUACACUUAAAAAAGAUGAACUGUAAAGAAGAGUCCAAUCUGCAUAUCCCCCAGACACUACACUGUGGCUGCCUACUCAUGCAGUCAAGCAAGUCCAGAAACAAAUUCCAACCAGAAGACUGAUGCUGGCUGAAGAGUACAGGGAAUGGUUUAAAGUAACCUUUCAUCCUGUCUGUCAACUGAUUGUUCUUGUCUUACUUUUCUGUUUUUUAAAAGGGGACCGAUUAGGUAGUGUGCCCUGCUGGAAUCUUUUUUUCUUCAUAUACACACUGUGAUGUACAUUUUCUUUUUCUAGAGUGUUCUGUGAUCGGGGUAAAAGCAGAUUGAAAUGGCAAUGUAUCCCAUUGCCUAACCUGGGACCUUUACCAGUAACACCUCCUUCAGGCUUUAGCCACAUUUGUCAAAAUGUCAUAAAUUGCUGUUAGCCCAGCAGGGUCUCAGUUACUGUCACAACUGUUCUCUGUUCUCAUUUUUGAGGGGCCACUCCAGUAUGGAGGCCACCCUUAGGAUGACCAUUGCAGUGCCUGUGGAAAGGAAAAUGAAUGAGCAGAGUAAGAUAGACCCUCUUAACUUACUGUCUUGCUUUCCUUUUAUGAAUGAACAGUAUAUCUCUCUCUUCCAAAGAUCAGGAGGUGUACAGAGAUUUGCAGCUGAGGAAGGAGAAACCAAUUGCUCCCUCUCCGAAGGCAAAAAUCUGACUGACACCACCACCCUGCCCCCUGAACAGACAUAAGACUGGCUUAUACACAUGUCUUUGUGAAUGGGUUUCCCAGGUAUUUACAGAGCUAUUUGGAAAAUGGCCUGCCAGAAUGCAACAAAAAGGACACUCAAAAACUAGGAUUUAUUUUUUUUUGUGUGUGUGAGGGUACUUGAGAGCCAAGGAGUGCUAUGGGGAGGGGACUGUGUUUCAGCAGAAUUGGAAUUAAUUUUGAGCAUCCAUGAUGCAAAAAGAAAUGGAACUCAUUGGCCAAAUAAAAGUUAAUUUUAAUACUA